AUGGCGACCACCAGACCAUCGCACGCUCUGGGAGCGCAAGAGCUCGGGCCGUUCGGUCUCGGGCUCAGCCUGUACUCUCCGUGGGCGGCGCUGUACAAGCACGUCCCCACCGCCGAGCAGGACGAGGCGAGCAUGGCAACCAUCCUCGCCGCCGUCGAGCGGGGCGUGCGUCUGCUCGACUCGGCCACCUACUACGGCCACGACCACCACGGGCUCAAGCUGCUCGCCAAGGUCAUCAAGCGCGUCGGGCGCGAAAAGCUCGUCCUCUCCGUCAAGUUUGGUGGCAAGAUCACGGGCAAGGGUAUGGAGCAUCACGUGGGCCGCAAGGAUGUGCGUCGGGAGAUCGAGACGACGCUCGCAGUGCUGGGCGUCGAGUACGUCGACAUCUUUGUGCCUGCGCGCACGGUCGACGAGCUCAAGGCGCUCGUGCAAGAGGGCAAGAUCCGCGCGAUCGGCCUGUCGGAGGCGUCUGCUGCGAGUAUUGCGCGCGCGUCGGCGGUGCACCCCAUCGCGUGCCUGCAGACUGAGUUCGGGCCGAUGGAGACGAGCAUCGAGCAGAACGGCAUCCUGGAAGCCUGCCGCAAAAACAACGUGCUCGUGCUGGCGUACGGCGUGGUGCAGCACGGAUUUCUUUCGGACAAAGGCCUGAGUCCCUGGGACGAAUUUCGAGACGCUGCUUCGCGUGCCUUCUACCCCCGUUUCCACAAGGAAAACUACGAGCACAACCAGGGACUGCUUAGGCAGCUCCAGCGCUUUAUCGAGCAGAGGCAACUCAACAUCUCGAUCUCGGCGCUCGCCGUGGCGUGGGUCAUGCGCCGCGGCGGCUACGCGACCGAGACGGAUGCGCGCAUCAUGCCCCUGCUGGGCAUGAGGACGACCCGCUCGUUGCAGGACAACAUCAAGGCCGCCAAGUUUGCCAGCCUCAUGUCGCAGCACGACGCAGACGCGCUCGAGCGAACGCUGCGCGCGUUCGAGAUCCGUGGCCAGAGGUAUCCUCCGCACGUCAUGAAGGGCGUGGAACAGUGA